AUGGGAACAGCAACAAAGCCCGGGCUCCAGAGCACUGAGCUCACAGUUCGCCUCAGGUGGGCACCUCCCCUGGGCUGCAGCCGCCCAGCAUCUCUCCCAGGCAGGCUCCCUCCAGGAACACCGAGGAUGGCUGGGCAGCCUGCGGAGCAGCGGGGCAGUGAUUUGGGGCAGGGGCUCAAGGUCCACGACCCCUCCUGGACAGUGUCCUGGCCCUCCUUCAUGUGGAGCAGUGACUAUCUGGAGGCCACGGAAUCUGGGAUAACACCGGAAGGGGCUGAGGGCAAGCUGUCUUCUGUCUCCUUCUUGAUGUCUCCUAACAGCCUGCAUUGUUCCGAGCACCUGGAUCCAAAGGUCCUGAGGCUGCUGCUGGCCCAAAAGGAACUGGAGAUCCAAGGCCUUCGGAAGGCUGCUCAGUGUCCUUCUGGGAAACGCACCACAUACAUCCUCCGAGAGCUGACAGACUCCAAACCAGAAAGGACCUCCCGGGAGCAGAUCAGAGCCCUGCAGCAGCAGAUUGAGAAGAUGACUCAGGAGCUGAGCCAGCAGAAGGAACAAGCCUGCCGGGAGAAGACCCAGCUGGAGAAUCAGCUUCAAGAGGCCAAUGCCAACCUGCGGAGCCUGGAGGAUGAGGUGCAGACAUUCCAGAGAUCCUGCCUCCUGCACCUGGCCCAGUCCUCGUGGGCUGGCCGAGUGCUGCGCUCCCAGACUGGCAGUGUAGAAGUGGUACCAACCGAGGCCCUGAUGAUGGAUUUGAGUGACCAGUAUCUGGACCAGAGCUCUCCAGAGGGGCAUCACUUCCGCUUGGAGGAUGUGGAUUGGAACAGCGUAGCUCAUCGCUAUCCCAACCUGUUUGAGGACAUUUAUAGCAAGAAGAGGCCCAUCUCUGCCCAUGUCAUGGACUCCCUAGACUAUCCUGACUCCCACCCGGAGAAGUCCCAACGCCGAGAGAAGAGCGUAGACUGGAGUCUGCUGCCACGCAGCUCCCCUAGCUCCACGACCACAGAGAGGGUCUCCACUGACCACACCAGUGUUCCCUCAUCCAUAGGCACUGACUCUAGCCCCUCCCUCACCUCGACGACCCAGGAGCACGAGGUCGGCAGCCCUGGGGCCCUCCCUGCCCUGGAGCUCAGGAGACCCAAGGUGCCUGUGGACAGCAGCAGCAGCAGCCUCUGUGCCGCCGUGGUUGGCAUUGGCCUGGCGAGGCAGGGCUCGCUGUCCAGCUCCCUCCAGGACCAGGGUGGGAGGAAGGCCUUGGACUCCUCCCUGAAGAUUGUGAAGGUCGACAAACACGGCAAGUUUAUCCGGGUCCUCAACGAGUCCCUGGAGGAGAGCGUGGACAUCAGCGACUUUAUCCUCAAACAGCUCAUUCAUCACUUUCCUGUGUGUAUCUACCGCUUCCCCAAGGACACGCUGCUGGGCCCACAGCAUCACAUCACGGUGUGGGGUGAAGGGGUCAGCUUGGCAAGGAAGCGCGUGCCUCAGACACUACAAAGGGAGCUGAUCCAUUUCUACACCAACCCUGGCUGUGUCACCCUCCUGCUGAACCCCAAGGGGCAGGUGAUGAGCGAGUAUCAGGCACAACACUAUGUGACCGAGGCCUCCAGAUCCUUCGCUGACCACAUGGACGUGUCUAUCGACUGCUAUCCCCUUCUUGAGGCCGAGAGAGAGAAGCCCCAAGAGGCCCCAGGCCUUGGUAGCAAGAGCUGCCGCCGGCAUUUCCAGACCCGAAAGAAGACCAAGCUCCCAGGGCCUCCCCUGGGCCUGGAGGGCCAUCCUGGGCCCCACAGAGGCAGGCCCCUGAACCCCAUCCCCAGCAUCAACGUAUCCAAGAGCUUCAGCCAGCAGGAGGCUAAAGAGGCUGUGGCCUACAGGGAGUCUCUUCAUGGUGCCAUGGUGCAGCUCCCCAGCAUUCCAGAACUGGUACAACUGCCAGACAUUGGCAAGAAGAUGCAGGAGAAGUGCAUUCCCAGAGCAAACCAGUUCCUGCCACCACGGAUCUGCAGGAAAUUCAUAGACAUGGACUGUCCCAUGGUAGCCCUGAGUGUGCAGAAGACCUCAGAGAGCAGAUUUGGGCUGAAGCAUCUGAGUUAUCCCCCCAUCACCAAAGAGCUGAGGGAUCCUCUGUGA